AUAUGAAAUAUCCACAAUCUUCUAGAACCGGUGAAAGAGUAGCAACCGAACAUACUGGAAACCUGUUCACCAUUCUCUUCGUUCAUCCAGAAACUUCCUUUUUCUUCCAUCAAUCAUUCUCUCACCCUCUAUAAAUUCCCGGUUCCACCAUUCCUGUCCCAUCGUAGACGAGCAGCUUCUUCAAAUCCAGAUUGAAAGUAAUUAGAAAUCUUAAGCAACAACGCAGAGGAGUCAUGGAUAUCAGAUUUUCGGCUUUGGAUUCCCCAUUGUUCCACGCUCUCCAGCACAUGAUGGACGUGACGGACGACGCUGCUGACAAGUCCGUCAAUGCUCCGAGCCGCACAUACGUGCGUGAUGCGAAGGCCAUGGCUGCCACUCCGGCGGACAUCAAAGAGUAUCCGAACUCUUACGUCUUCAUCAUCGACAUGCCGGGCCUGAAAUCUGGGGACAUCAAGGUUCAGGUGGAGGACGACAAUGUGCUUCAGAUAACUGGGGAGAGGAAGAGGGAGGAAGAGAAAGAAGGAGCCAAGUAUGUGAGAAUGGAGAGAAGGGUCGGCAAGUUUAUGCGCAAGUUUGUGCUGCCUGAGAAUGCCAAUACCGAUGCCAUUUCUGCUGUGUGUCAAGACGGAGUGCUCACUGUAACCGUCCAGAAAUUGCCUCCUCCAGAGCCCAAGAAGCCCAAGACCAUUGAGGUCAUGAUUGCUUAAAGGGCAUUCCUCUUGUGUUUUUGGUUUGGACUUGCAUUCGAGAUCUGUCUGUGUGUGUGAUCAAACUAAAAGACUGUGUGAGUGGGCUUCAAGCCCUGCACGAGUUUGUAGGUAAUUAGCGCUUUGUCGUUUGCUUGAUCAGUGCUUGUAGUGGCUUUGUUACUUUAAAUGAAACAGUCAUAAGGUUGGUUUUUCUCUUUUU